CGGAUCCUGUCAAUACCUUUCGUCACCGAAGAAGAAGAAGAAGAGGAGGCGGUGCAGGAGGCCCUGUUAGCGUCAUCGGUCCGGCGGGAACCGUCAGUCAGCUGUUCGAUGUCGGGACGUUAAAAUGUUAGAAUACAACCGUUGAACUGCAGUCUGCUAACAGCUAACAACAGAACACACUGACGGUGAGUGAGGAAGCUAACAGCUAAAUAAGACACUGGCGCCUCCUCGGUGACAUGAGCAGCGCUGCUCAGAGGAAGAGGAGGACUUCGGGAAGUCCUCUGUUUUCUAGACUCCGUACCAAGACCAGCAGAGCAGCUAACAGCAGGAGGACGGCUAGCACUAACCGAGCAGCUAGUCAGACGGCUAGCAGGGCGUCUGAUGGUGACCCCCCCACCCCGACAGAGACCAUUAAUGUGAUGGACGGCACUGAGGACGGUGUGGAGGAAGUGGUGGAUCUGACCUGUGAGGGAUUAGAAGCUACUGUGGUUGACCUGACGACCAACAACGAUUCAGUGCUGCUGGUGGAUGAAGGUCCUGAGAACAGGAGAGUCCCUGCAGGCGAGAGUUAUGUUGUCAGUAGCGAUGAAGAUGAAGACACGCCCCCUGUCCUCAACGCUGCCAGUGUGUCGUCUGCACAUACCAGGUCGACUCCAGGGACGAUCAGCUGCCCCGUCUGUCUGGACGUCUACUCUGAGAUCGUCGAGAGCGGCCGAUUGGUUGUUGCCACGAGGUGUGGUCACGUGUUCUGCAGUCAGUGCCUGAGAGACGCUCUGACAUCCUCACACACCUGUCCAACUUGCAGGAAAAGACUAACCUCCCGCCAGUACCACCCCCUCUAUGUCUGACAUCACUCUGCUGCACUCCCAUUGGACGCUGGUAGUGGUGACGUAAUCACCAAUUAUGGUGACAUAAUCAGACAGUGUUUGCUGCUGAAAAACUUUGGAUUCUUUCAUGAGGAACUUGAGCCAGAGCUGCAUUUUGGUUAGAGAUGAAUAUUGACUAAUUGGUUUAUUGAAAUGUAUUGAUUAUAUUUCUGAGUUUAUCUUCAGUUUUCAGCUCAGAUUUGUGUUUGUCUGUUUUAUAUUCAUGUGUAAAACUAUAAAUAAAUUCUAUUGACUUCA